GCGUGUGUUUCAGUGGCAGCAUCGGAGGUGGAGUUGGAGGACCUUCCAAACAGAGUCCGUGUGGAGGACGCAUUCAGCAUGGGACACCUCGGAGUCUGGUUUCUUCUGCUCGUCUCGGUGCGGUGGCAUCACUCCCGCGGUGCCGCAGGCCACUCUCUGCCCGGCUGCCUCGUGCAGCUGGAGUUCAAGUGCAGCGAUGGUUCGUGCAUCCCGAGGUCGACGUUGUGUGACGGACGUGCAGACUGUGAGGAUGGUUCCGACGAACAACGCUGCAAUCAUGUGUGGUGUAAGAAAGAUGAGUUCACAUGCCGCAGCAGACGUUGCAUAUCUACACGUUUCUUAUGCAACGGCGUCGACGACUGUGGCGAUGGCAGCGAUGAGGAUUCCUGCCAGAACUGCACCGCUGGCCUCUUCUCCUGCGGUCCGUUUGACGUUUGCCUGGCCAGAGACAAGCUGUGUGAUGGACGGACCGACUGCAAGGACGGACGGGAUGAGACCCCGGAGCUGUGUGGUUCGACCCAGCCUCAGCCACAGUCCUCUUACACAUGUGCAGCUUCCGAGUUUCAGUGUGGAGACGGGCAGUGCAUCCGCCAGGCCUGGAGGUGUGACCACGCACCCGACUGCUCUGACGGCAGUGACGAGGACAAUUGUGAUCAGAAUGAGUGUCUGGUAAAUAACGGAGGCUGCUCUCAUGGCUGUGAGGACCUGAAGAUGGGUUUUGUCUGCUACUGCCCAGAGAACACGAGGCUGGUCGAGGACAGUCAGUGUGAGGAGGUGGACACAUGCCUGGAGACAGAUGUGUGUGAUCAACUGUGUGUUUCUGUGAACAGCAGCUUCACCUGUGACUGCCACGAGGGUUACACCAUGGAUCCCAAAACCAGAGAGUGCAAAGCCAAAGGGAAUCUGGCUGAGGUAGUUUUCACCUCCUCAAAAGGAGCCCACCGGAUGAGCGUGACUGGCACAGAGCAUGUAGAACUGGCCCCACAUUUAUCAGGACUCGGGCCCGUGGCGGCUUUGGCCUCAAACCACACACUGUACUGGGCCCGRYGAGGACGAGGCCCUAUAUACAGGGUCUCCAUGGAUGGAAAUCAACAUAACGCCACAUUGCUGCUGAAAGUAAAAGGUACAGUGUCGGGCCUGGCCGUGGACUGGAUCCACCAGCUCCUCUACUGGACCGGCGUGGAGAGUGGUUCGAUUAACGUCAGCCUGCUGGACGGUUCAAUACAGCGUCAGCUCAUCACAGGGCUGGACAAACCUUCUGCAGUGGCUGUGGAUCCUCUCAGAGGGUUUCUCUUCUGGGCUCAAUGUGGCAGUUUCCCAAAGAUUGAGAGUGCUGGCUUGGACGGCCGAGACACUGUGGCCCUAGUCACUUCCUCAAUACGCUGCCCUGUUGCCCUCUCUGUAGAUAUGCCUCGUCAGCUGUUGUACUGGGCUGAUCAGAGAAGCAUCUCCAGAGUAAACUUUAAAGGCCGUGAUCGUAAAACAGUGGUGGAAUCUAAUGGUUAUCUGGACCGACCCUUCGGACUGGCUGUGUUUGAGGGUUUUGUAUAUUGGAGUGAAGAAGUCACGCGCUCCAUCUGCAGAGCAAACAAGCACAAUGGCAGCCAACUUCAAAUACUGCUGACAAAUGUAGCAUCACCAGGUGGUGUGGUCGUCAUUCAGCCCGUCCUCCAGCCUGAUGGGUCAUCUGUAUGUGGACGUCCUGGGACAGCGUGCCACCACGGGUGUGUGGUCGACCUGCUGUCUGAGAGUCCAGAGUUCAGCUGUGUUUUUCCAGACACUGAACAAAAUUCUCAUGAAACUCCUUCUAUCGCUGUUCGGGCCUCGAGGUUAUCUGAUCCCACCUUCAUUGGAGUCCUCUCUCUUAUCAUUUUUCUCAGUUUGCUGCUGGUGGGGAUGGCUGUAUGGUGGUGGAGAGAGGAGUUCAGGCCAUCCAGGCCCCUCACUGUGCAGAGUUUCUACCUCAAAGAAUCUCAGGACCCGCUCAUCAUCAUCCAGGGGCCAAGGAAACUGCAUAAGCUGGACUUGGACGCGGAAUGAAGAAAGUGUGACAGACGUCCAGCUGACUGGGCUUCACCUGGUGCUUCUCAAGCCCCAGACUGAACGACAUUGACGGCAAACCCAGCUGGUAGAUGAGUGAGAUCGGAGAGGGGAAAGGGCCUUUGAACAGUCAUUACUGUUACACCUUUAGUUCUGGAGAAGUAUUACAUUCAGCCUUCGUGCUUCUACAGUAGAUUAUUCUUCUUGUUCAUGAAGGCCAUUGUCAAGUUUGAUUCUGAAACCGGUCAAUAAGCAUUCAUCUAUUUUUUUGUGUUAAAUAUUAAUAUGGAUGAAAUAGUUUGCUUAAUUUUUUAAAUUCCUGUUUUCAAGCAUUUUGCUCAACAGUUGCCAGUUGUGUUACAGACUAUAAUUCUCCAAAAUGACCGUGAGAAAGAUAGUUUGAAAUGACCAAACUGAAAUGAAUUGGGAUAUUUUCAUUAUUGAUUAGCUGGUUUCAGAUGACAUUUUUCUAGUUUUCUUUCAAAUUUGACAGUAAAAUUAAAAUGUCUUUGGGUUUUGUACUGUUGAUCAGACAAAACAUACUAUUUGAGAUCUGCGGAGAGUGGUGAUAAAUUGAUUUCACUGUUAUCUUGGAUUUGAAAGACAGAAAGAUUCAUUGAGAAAAUAAUGAGUCUUUGCAAUUCCAGUUUAUUUUUAGUCACAAAACUUUACUUUUCCAGUAUUAUAGAUGGAUUGGAGGUGUUGUGAAUAGUAGAUUUUCCUUCCAACAAUUAUAUUUAGUUCUUGGCAUUCAGGUUUGUCAGUAUUCAAUUCAAUUAAAAACAACUUUAUUUGUCCCAGGAGGGCAAUUCUCUAAGAUACUGUAACGGUAAAAAAGAUGCUUUAUUCUUUUAAACACUUCAAAUUCAAGGAAGAAUGUGAAAGGAAGGAAAUUAAUUCUGUUCUCUCAGUUUAAAACUCCAAAAAGUGUACUGGACUGAGAAAAUGAUUUUUAUUUUUA